AUGGAGGCUGCUUUACCACAUUUUCAUCGGCUUACGACGUCACGUUUCUAUCAACAAUAUGCUGCUCCUCCUGUCCGUAUUUCAAGUAACUAUCUCCACGAACUUCUGCCGCAGCAACAUCCUAGCCUCCUUCAACAGUAUUUGGCAUACUACAAUGAGCCUCUGGUGCCUCUGGACUUAUCCCUUAAAACAACAUCUCCCAUCACACCGCCCUGUACUCCACCGCCUUCGCUGAAACGGAAAUCAACCGACGAACAAAAGCGAUCACCGAAAAUAUUUAGACACUUCGAAGAGGACGAUUCAAAGGAUCAUGCCGAUGACAAAUCCCAGAAAAGGCGGUGUGACGAUGAAGACUCCAACGACAGCGACAGUCCCGAGGCUAAGAAAUUGAAAUUCACGAAACAGUUCUUUGAAGAGCUACGCACGUGCCUGCCCACCGAACCGGAAGCCUCUUCCAAGAGCGACGGGAGUUCCCCGGACAUAGUUGAGAUAAGAGAUGUAGAGGAACGACCGAAGAAGUCUCCGAAACCACCACAGCCGAUGAAGAAGAGCAAAGCGGUCAGACGACUGAUGUUCGAUGAAGACAAAACUUCCCCGGUAUCCGGAACGAUUAUCCGUGAUCUCGCUGAAGAUGAAACGCUCGUUGUACGGAAGGGCGACAUAGACCCAGCGUUCAACGUUGUGGAAGUAACGGAGGAGGCGAAGGCCCUCAUCGCCACCAUAGAGAACCGCCUCGGUCGCUACAUAUGCAGGCUGUGCCGUCGACUGUACAGCGACGCGUUCGCCCUCGCCCAGCAUCGCUGUUCCAGGAUCGUUCACAUCGAAUAUCGCUGUCCGGAAUGCGACAAGGUAUUCAACUGCCCCGCAAACUUAGCGUCACAUCGCCGUUGGCACAAGCCACGGGUGCCCGGUACCAGCAAACGUCGGGAGCCGCCGGCGACGGAGGCCGGCCGAUUCCCUUGCCAACGCUGCGGCAAGCUUUUCAGGAGGCAGGCUUACUUGAGGAAGCAUCUGCUUGCCCACGAGCAUGAGCAAGACACGGAGGUGGAGAAGGAACCAUCGGCGUUCCGCCAGGUCCAUCCAGACUACUCCUCCUAUCAGCCGGAGGCGUGUCGUGACGGCGACUAUAGCUCCUUCUGGAGCAAGAUUCCGCCGCCGCAGCAUGAAGUCUCGUGGGAGGAGGCGCGCGGCCGCUGCCCCUCGCCCUGCUCCUCAGAAGACUCGAGGAGCCUCGACGUCACGGGCUCCGAAGACGAGGGCGUCGAGGAUGGC